AUGACAAUAAACACUGUCCCCGUCAAAAUCUCCACCCGAUAUAAGAAGAAAGAAGUCAAAAGGAUGGAGCCAUCUCGAGAGGUGGAUAAACGUCGACGCACUUUGAAGGAGUUAGAGGAAAAAACGUACCCCUUCCCUGACUCCGAUGUUGCAGGUAUGCUUGAGGACUUGCUUGAAAAGAAGGUGAUCGAAUUGCCAGAAUGUAAGCUACCUGAGGAGAUGAGCCGAGUAAACAACCCUAAGUUCUGCAAAUACCACCGAAUUGUCAGUCAUCCGGUAGAGAAGUGCUUCGUGCUGAAGGAGCUAAUUAUGAACUUAGCCAGGCAAGGAAGGAUUGAGUUAGAUGUUGACAAAAUUGCAUAUGCGAAUGUCGCCACAAUUGUGUUUGGAUCCUUCGACCCAGUGCCAUUGCCCGUAUUGUGA